AUGUCUAUACAUUACUUGCUUAAUCUACCUUAUGAAUGCUCAGAUGAAGAUCUAAAAAAAGCGUACAAGACUGAAUUAUAUAAACUUCAUCCAGACAAAUCUAAGAAAGAUACAAUAAAUUCGUAUCUUGUUCUACGAAAAGCAUAUGAAGAAUAUAUAACCAACAAGUCAGACGAAAAUUUUUUUCUGUUAUGCCCCUUAAAUAAAAUUAAUGUAACUGUUUGUAGAUGUGGUACAUCUUACGACCAAAGAAAUAUAAAAUAUGAUCGAGUAGAGUGUGAAACAUGCUCUUGUUAUAUUCGUGUAACUACCAAUCUUCAUAGUCUUACAUAA